ACAGCGAUACGUGGGUCAACGUCCUCGCUGGGGAAAGUCGAGGCAGGAAAUCACACAGCAGUGCCCUCCUUCUGGGAGGUCCCCCGGUGCCGUGUGUCUGCGGUCCCCCGUUGUCACUGUGGUGGGGACAUGGGGACGCUGAGGAUCUGCCUCUUCUUCUUUCUCGUGGGGCUCUGCAGCCUCGCUGCCCCACACGGUGCUGCAGCCAAAAUGACCGCCAGGAUCCAGAGCUCCCCCCAAGUGCCCGCUAUGUACCACAGCCUGAUGCUGUCCUGCGAGGUCACUGGGGACCCCGGCCCCAAGGAAUUCCUCUGGAAGAAGGAAGGGAUCCACAAACCGCUGCAGCACGGCCCCAGCGAUAUCCUCCUCUUCCGCUCCUUCAAUAAAACCCACCUGGGCACCUACACCUGCAUGGUCACCAGCCCCUGGGGCACCGCCGUGGCCACCUACAACCUCUGGGUAGACGAUCUGAUGAACAAAGCGUUCGUGUUUCCCCGAGCGUCCAAUGACUCCCACGUGCUGCUGCAGGCGCGGCCGGAGCAUCCCCUGCUCAACUUCACCGUGUGCCUGCGCUCCUACACCGACCUCACGCGGCCCUACAGCCUCUUCUCCUACGCCACCAAAGCGCAGGACAACGAGAUCCUCCUCUUCAAACCCAAACCCACCGAGUACCAAUUCUACGUCGGGGGGGAAUACGUCACCUUCCGCGUCCCCGAGAGCCAGGCGGAAUCGGAACGCGUCUGCGUCAGCUGGGAGUCGCCCAGCGGCAUCGUGCGGUUCUGGCUGAACGGGCGGCCGUGGCCCCGCAAAGGGCUGCAGAAGGGCUACGAGGUGGGCAACGAGGCCGUGGUGAUGCUGGGGCAGGAGCAGGACGCCUACGGGGCUGGCUUUGACAUUCUGCAGUCCUUCACGGGGGAGAUCUCCGACGUCUACAUGUGGGACGCGGGGCUGACCAACAGAGAAGUGAGAAUGCUCGAGUACACCGAGCUGGACCUCAUCCCCAUCUUCGGCUGGAGGAACUUUCCCUAUAAGAUUGAGGGUGAGGUGUACCUC